CAGAUGGUUGCUGCGCUGGACAACAUGACCCCAGCUCCUCUGACACAGAACUGCUCCAACUGCAGCCAGGCUUUACCCCCAGAGUUCAACGUGGUCAAGGCUGUGGUUUUGGGCUUGGUGCUUGGUGUCUUUAUUGUGUUUGGAGUUGUGGGAAACAUCCUGGUAAUCCUCUCAGUAGUUUGUCAUCGACACCUGCGGACAGUGACACAUUAUUUUAUAGUUAAUCUGGCAGUGGCAGAUUUACUGCUGAGCUCCACUGUACUACCCUUCUCUGCCAUUCUAGAGAUCCUGGAUCGUUGGGUGUUCGGACGGGUUUUUUGUAAUGUUUGGGCAGCUGUGGACGUGCUCUGCUGCACUGCGUCCAUCAUGAGCCUCUGUGUGAUCUCUGUGGACCGGUACAUUGGAGUCAGUUAUCCUCUGCGUUACCCAGCUAUAAUGACAAAACGCAGGGCUCUGCUGGCAGUGAUGCUGCUGUGGGUGCUGUCUAUCAUCAUAUCUAUUGGACCUUUGUUUGGCUGGAAAGAGCCGGCUCCACUGGACGAGUCCGUCUGCAAAAUAACAGAGGAGCCGGGUUACGCUAUCUUCUCUGCUGUGGGCUCCUUCUACCUCCCUCUGGCCAUCAUACUGGCCAUGUACUGUCGAGUUUAUGUGGUAGCUCACAGAGAGAGCCAGGGUCUGAGGGAGGGCCAAAAGACAGAGAAGUCAGAUUCAGAGCAGGUGAUACUCAGGAUACACAGAGGCAACACAACUGUAUCAGAGGAUGAGGCCCUUCGCAGCCGCACACAUUUUGCCCUUCGACUGCUUAAGUUCUCACGUGAGAAGAAAGCCGCCAAGACCUUGGGCAUUGUGGUUGGCUGCUUCGUGUUGUGCUGGCUGCCUUUUUUCCUGGUGCUACCCAUCAGCUCGAUAUUCCCUUUAUACAGACCCUCUGACACUGUGUUCAAGAUCACCUUCUGGCUCGGUUACUUCAACAGCUGCAUCAACCCCAUCAUCUACCCGUGCUCCAACCAGGAGUUUAAGAAAGCUUUCCAGAGUUUACUUGGAGUUCACUGUUUGAGAAUGACUCCCAGACCACACCAUCAUCACCUGAGUGCAGGUCAGAGUCAAACACAAGGUCACGGCCAGCCUCUCGCUCUGAAUCUGGAGGCUCCUUGUCGGCUAAGUCCCUCUUCGUCUAUGGCCCUGUCCAGAACACCCUCGUCCAGGGACAGCAGGGAGUGGAAGGUCUUUUCUGGAAGCCGUGAAAGCAGAUCUGGACCGGCCGAGACGAGCAGGGCUAAAGUAGCCAAACUCUGCAGUAAAGGCUUCCACCAAACCUGCUGCUGCUUCCUCAGUGGAGGGACUCCCCCACAGGAGUCAAACUGCACCCAACCCCCUCCUGUCAGUAACCUUCCCACCAUUAGAAUCCACCAACUGUCCCUGUCGGAAAAAGGAGAGCCUGUAUAACCACUGUAAUCCUUCAUCCAUUAGUCAUGACUCCCCUUUCAAGGUCACAGACGAGAAGAUAUUUCCUUUUGCUCCAUUAACAUCAUAAAGGAUGAACUGUGCUGGAAUGGCUGCUAUGACAUUUAAAUUUGAAAUAUCUCUGCUUUGAUAUCAUGCUGUGAUUUUUCCUGGAUGUAUGAUCGUCAAAAUCUUCCAAAGAAAUAUCACAAGCACUAUAUAUUAGCCCUUUUAAGAAGAUAUAUUGUAUGUUACCCCUUUAACAAAACAGCUUAUUGGCUUUCUAAAAACAAGCUACUGCAAAAUACAAAAUACAGCGUCAGCA